UAGAAUUUUGUUUAAAAUUUAAUAAUUUUUAUUAUUAUUAUUAUUAUUAUUAUUAUUACUUCUUCAUUUCUUGAGGUAUCUCCUUUUAUCUUCAAAUGUUUGUUACUUAUUAUCACACACAUCACAUGUGAUAGAUUUAUCACUCUAGCAUGAACAUUUUUGUAAUCACCCCCACCCCGGACUUUUGGUUAUUGUUCUUUGUCAUUACUCACAUCAUGACAUGACAAGCUCAUUUGUUUACUUGUUUUAUUGUUUCAGAUUCUAAUGCCUAAGGGAAAGAGAAAAAGUGUUCAAUGUAGUCCAGCCCAGAAUGCAGCCUCCUCAGUGGAAACUUCAGGACAAUCCAUGGUCCUUAAAAAGUCAGUUAUCAAAGGGUAUCACGCUUUUCAAAUAAGACCACCAUCAACUACACCCCCAACACGUCUAACUGUAGAGCCUGAAUAUACAAAUAUCCAUGAUACUGAUGCCUGCUUGGUGUGGUUGCCGCCACUUGAGUCAUUCCAAACAUUGUUACAUGAUAGUGUCACUGACCAAAAAACGCAAGCUACGGUUGCGAGAUGUAGCAGGACUUCCAAUUGGCCAUGUUCCACGAGGGAUAGCUGGCAUUUUUCGUACCAUUAUGGACAAAGGACAUAUCGAUAUGGAAGUAGAUGUGCACUCAACCGUACAAUCGCAACCAACCGCAUUCAUAAGCUGGAAUGUAUGCCGUAA